GUAAUGAUGGCACUGUGCCCUAUCACAGGGCGCUCGUUUUAAAAUCGAUCCGCAAUGGUCCAGGAACUUAGCAUCGUAUCAGAUCCUGUUAUGCUACAUAUUUGGUCUUGUCUGCAUAAUUACGCGUACGAAGAUGCUAUUUUCGCAGCGGAGCGUUUAUAUGCAGAAACACAUAGUAGCGAGAGUCUUUAUUUGCUCGCCACUAGCUUAUACAGAAUCGGACGCCCGAAGCAAGUUUGCCGCUUGUUACUUUCUGGUGUUCCUCUGAGCCCCAAAAGCCGUUAUUUGUUGGCCAAAUGUUACUCCGAAUUUGGGUCUCUCAAUGAAGCCGAAGAGGCACUACUGGGCCAUUCAUUGUCCUCCAGACCGCUUGAUGAAGUGGCAAGCUUGUAUAACGAGCAGGCGGGUUAUGCGAUCCUACUGUUAGGAGAUAUUCAGAGGCGGCAAGGAAGAUUGAGGGAUGCAUCUCAAUGUUACAAGAAAAGCUUGGAGCUGAAUCCAAUGCUUUGGAGCGCGUUCAAAAAUCUAUGUGAUAUCGGAGAGCUUCCUAAUCCUGCAUUGGCGUUCCAACUUCACGAUGGCCUUGCUCUUCCGACCGCAACUUACCGGCUACUUAAUCACACUGUCGUGGGAGGGAGCGAUCAAAACAUUCCCAGUCAAGCUGUGCAGGACCGAGAUCAGUCAGCAGUGGAGAUUUGUCGUGAAAAUCUGAAUCCAGACAAAUCAUCCACCAAAACCAUGCUUUCAAGUACUGGCCUCCGCGAAAAACCAUGUGCGGACUACUUGGAUACCACACAUAACCGCGCUUAUGUAACGCAUUUUUCAAACUCUGUCACCGCCUGCGAGAGCAAAGGACUUGAAUCCAUGCAGACGCCGCAGAUAAACAUGUCAACUAGCAAUGUGCCAAUGGCACCCAAGCCUAAGCCAACACUACGGGAGUUAUCGGGCUCGUUGUUCUCUGGACGGGAAUUGGAUCUAGACAUCCGUUCUCUUUCUCCAAAGUUCGGUGCAUUGGCCCUACUUUCCCAAAGUCCCAUGUUUGCCUGUGUCCCUGUUUUCCACAAACGGUCAAUUGUCCCAGCUGCCUCAGAGAACAUUCUUUCGAACUCUUUGAGAUACGGAAAUUAUCAAUCCGCCCCCCUCAGACCAUGUGGACAGAAUGGUUCCAUCGGACCAGCCACCGGCGGGACUCGUAGCAUCAUCACCAGCCCAGUUAGUUCAACCAAUGUUCGUAGACGUUCCAAGAAUAGCAACUCCGAUCCGCUCUUUGAGCCUGCGCCGCCGGCGCAUAACACGAGGAUUGACGUCAUUUCGAAGAGCGACUCACCCAUUCACUGCACUCCGGAACAGACAGUUACUUCAACUCCCGCAUGUCUCGCUGACUCCUUACGCAAAUUAGUCUCCCCUAUUUCUACAACUUCGUUUCUAGGACUCCCUACAUCACAUGCCAGCUCUGAAACCGACAGCGGUUCUCCAGCUCAUCGAUGCGGUCAUCCUUUACUGCGCAGUUCUGGCCAUCGUACCGUAGUUUCAUUGGGAAGCUCUGAUCUGACGCCUCGAUCUACUCUCCAGUUGUUGAACGCAAGCUCCCCAACUGCAGGAGCUCUCAGCGUAUCCACAGCUGGACACCCGGCACCUCGCACGAAUUCCGGGUCGGCCACUGACGAAUGUCAACCUGUUGGUCCACGCACAAGGUCACAAGUUGCUGCGGCGGCGGCUGUGGCCCGAGCUUCCGGCAUUCAGCGACGAUCUAAUAGAACAAUUCGCGGCAAAGGUUUUUCAAAGAAUUCUGGUCCUCCUAACAUCUCUUCACGCGAUACCCCUGUUCAGAUAAGGAGUAAACGAGUCACAACACCAGAUAGGGAAUUUUAUUCAGAAUGUUACGCUACAGAACGUUCUCCUGGCUCUUUCGGAUUGCAUCCUCACUCAUGCGAUCUCGUCAGUGUCGAAGUUCCUGUGUCCACUGCCGAAGAUCCAAGAGUCACUUCUCUGCAAAACUACCUGAAGCUACUUCGACAUUUGGGUAAAGCUUAUCAAUUCUUUGUUCAGCACGAUUGGCGUUCUGCUACGCGUUUACUGUGCAGCCUUCCUCCUGCUCAAUUAGCCACCGGGCGCGUGCUAGCGUGGGCCGCUCGCGCUCACAUGGACAGUGCAGAAUACUCGAAAGCACAGAAGCUGUUUAACGAAGCCCGUAUGGUUGAACCUUGGCAAUUGGUUGGGAUGGACUUCUAUUCCACGGUUCUGUGGCAGUUGCAGGCAGAUCACGAUCUGUCUAAUCUUGCACACGAACUACUAGAACUGGAUCGGAAUGCUCCUGAGCCAUGGUGUGCAGCGGGCAAUUGCUUCUCUCUGCAUGGCGAACAUGAAGUUGCGGUUCGAUUUUUUCAGCGAGCUAUUCAGGUUUGCCCAACCAGUGUGUACGCGUUCACUCUCCUUGGACACGAGCUGUCCACACUUGAAGAAUUCGACCGCGCCGUGAACGCAUUCAGGCAUGCUUUACGCCUCGACCCUCGGCAUUACAAUGCCUUGUUCGGUAUUAGCAAUGUUUAUUACAAACAAGAAAAGUUUGAACUAGCUGAGACACAUUUGACCAGAGCUGUGGCGCUAUUUCCCCACUCACAUUUAUUGUUAGCAAAUUUGGGUGCUCUGCGUGGCAGGCUUGGGCACCUUGAUGAUGGACCAGACAGUGCAUUGGCUUUGGUCACCAAGGCUUGUAAAUUGCAACCCAACAAUCCUCUGGCGCGCUAUCAUCGCUCCUCCAUCUUGUUUCAUCUGGGUCGCUAUCCUGAAGUGUUGGUGGAAUUGCAGAAACUGCUCGUGCUUACUCCUCGGGAGGCCAUGGUCUACCUCAUGAUCGGUCACACGUACAAGAAGAUGGGUAACACUCCCCAGGCUAUGAUUCACUACUCUUGGGCAAUGGGUUUGGAUCCCAAGGGAGCUAAUACUCACUUAAGAGAUAUCAUGACGAAUCCGCCAGUCGUGGGUCACAGUCUCUCUUCUCGUCGUGAGACUAUGGGAGUGGAGAAUGGCGCCCUCAGUUCCACUCGCACUACGCGUUCUAGGUUGGCGACCGUGCCGGAUGACGCGCAACCGGAAGCGGAGGAGGCCGGUGAUGAUAGGCCAUCUUUGCCUGAGUCUUCUUUUGGCGAUCCUGACGUUCAGCUAACUACUGAUGAGACUAUGGAUCGUAUUUUCCACUCCGAUCAAUUCAACAGUUCCAACGCCACUCAGAGCAGAGCCGCGCGCCACCUACUUGAUCUUUCAUUUCUGUACGAUGCCGAAGAUUAUGACGAUGCCGCGCUUUCUGCAACCGAAGAUGCCGACGAUCAUUAUGAAACAAUGGAUCUGAGCGGUGAAGUCGAGGACGGUAGCAGUCACAGUGUGACCGAUGACUAAUUUUCCAUCAAUCCAUCUUCUCGACUUGCAUAUUCCGGCGUUCGGUUUCUUGAUCUUCUGUUUCUUUUUGUGCGGGCGGCCUAAUUUGUCCCCAAAAACAGCGACCUUGUGUAUUAUAUUGUGAUGUGACCUCAACGUUCACUUACGCGUAUGGAAGAUUAUAUCUUGAUGCAAUUUUUCACUUUUAUCCAAAUCACCCGUGUGGCAUUGGAAAACGAUGUUAUUCCAUUCGUCAGAUUCACACGAUUUCUUAUCAGCAGCCACCCAAACCGAAUGAACUGCUCUGUAGCUCAGUGUGUAGCGUCAAGCAGUUUCUGUAAUCUGAAAGCUUUCAACUUUACUUUUAGCCACUCGUUCAAUCUACGUCUGACUUUAU